AUGAGCUACAUUGCCCGCCGAGGUCUCUCGACCUUGAUCCCCCCCAAGGUCGCCUCCCCUAAUGCCAUUGGUGCCGCCCAGGAUGCUGCCCGCAUGGAGCGUGUUGUGACCUUCUAUGCUGGUCUUCCCCGUGGCCCCGCUGCUCCUGUCAAGCCUACCGGCCUCAUCGGUCGCUACCAGGCCCGCUAUUUCAGCGGCAAGAACGCCUCCGGUGUUCCCCUUGUCCACGCUAUUGGCGGUAUCCUGAUCCUGGGUUACAGCAUGGAAUACUACUUCCACCUGCGUCACCACAAGAACCACCCCCACUAA